AUGGUUAAAGCCCUAUUGGGCAAAGAGGGCUUUGACCCUUUGCAAAUCUUGGGCCAACUACGCCCUGGGCCAAUACCGAGCGCUAUCACCAAAAAGAGUGAUCGAGCUCGUGCUACUGACGUUUUGGUCGCGAAGGCAACCACCCUCGGCUAUUUCUCCCAAACUCUCAAUCUCCUACGUGAACGCUAUCCUGCUUCGCUCUCCGAUUCCAAGCGUACCGUCAAGAUUCGCGAUAAGAUGGGAAGUGCAAUUGAAGAGCGCAAUCUGCGCUCUAAUUUGCGCAGAGAAAUGACGCCACAAGAUCCACUGUCAACAACCUAUGCGUGCUAG